UUGCAAUUUCAUUUACCUUUAUAUUGGAUUACGGGUGUUUUCUUUCAAUUUGAAAAAAUUACUGGCUUAACGAUUUUGUUUUUAAUUCACAGCCCUGGCAUUUCUUUUGCGUUGUAGAUUCUGGGUAAUUUUGUUGAGCUAAAUUUCUAUUAGUGGAGGGCUAAGUAUUCAGCAAUGCUGGAUUUCAAAUAUAACAUUAACCGGUGCAUUAUAAAUUUUAGCAUUGGCUAGUUUAUGCAGGCUAUGUUAAGACUCGAAGAAUAUAAAUGGGAUUCUACUUAUUCACUGUGUUACCCUAUGGUCGCUCCUUUCUUGGUCCAUUCUCAUUGGCCGACUGAUACAUUGUUUCACAACGAACUAAGAAGACCAUGGAAAAGCAUCCUAAACUGAGUCAUGGUCUUGAUUAGUGGCUGACAGUGAGACUGAGAGAACUGCAAUUGUAGUAAUAAGAUAUUUUCUUGCACCUUUGUAACUAGGCAAAUGCAUCUUGAGAUAUUCCUGUGAGCUUACAUAUUUUGAAGCAUGAAAUUCAUAGAUUUGUCAAUCAAAAUUGAGGCAGUAGCCACUUGAGCUGUUGGGUCUCUUACUGGCCUGAGAGAGCAUGAAGCUUACCACCAAAGUGCUGCAUGAUUACAUUCUUGGCCUCAUUCUGGGUUUUGGUCAAACAGAUUUGUGAGGAAUUUGAUCAAGGGUUCCCUCAGUUCAAGGUAACAUCUGGUUCCAGUGGUAACAAGGAUCUGUGGGUUGAAAAGUAUACGCCUAGUUGCUUAGCGGAGCUGGCCGUUCAUAAGAAGAAGGUUGAAGAAGUUAAAUCAUGGUUUGAGGAGAAAUUCAAAAAUAGUGCGGAUAAUUCAUGCAGUAAUGUGAUCCUCAUCUCUGGGCAAGCGGGAGUUGGAAAAUCUGCUACCAUCUAUGCUGUUGCAUGUCAUCUUGGAAUGGAAGUGUAUGAAUGGAGAACACCUACCCCCACGAUAUGGCAGGAACAUGUGCAUAAUUCUGGUUCAGGGAUUCAGUAUAUGUCAAAGUUGGAUGAAUUUGAAAGUUUUGUUGAAAGGAUACGGAAGUAUGGAUUAGUUUCUUCAUCCUUAACCAGAGUAUCUCCUGCAUCAGUUGUACUGUUAAUUGAUGAUCUCCCUAUGGUGAAUGGAAAGGUCUCCUAUGGAAGACUUCAGAGGUGCUUGUAUCUUCUUCUGCAAUCUGUCCGUCUUCCAACAGCCAUAUUGAUCAAUGACUAUGGCCGAUCUGAAUCUUCAGAACAAAAUGGCCGGUAUUGGGAAGAGCUCCAGUUAUCUCUUCAAAAUGCAGGGGCUUAUAAGGUGAUGCUUAAUCCAAUCACUGUAAAUUCCAUCAAAAGAGUACUUACAAGAAUUUGCAGAUCGGAAAGACUCAAAGUGAAUGAUGAGCAUAUCGAUGUUAUAGCAAAAGCCAGUGGAGGAGAUAUAAGAAAUGCUAUUACAUCUUUGCAGUACUUCUCAUUGAAACCACAUCCCAUGGAUUAUUUAUCUGUUCCGAAUUCGGUCACAACUUAUCCAGAAAAAAAACAGAUUGAGACUGGCUGUUUUGAUGAUGGAGUUCUGCCAUUUGGGAAAGAUGCAACUCUGUCACUAUUUCAUGCACUGGGAAAAUUUUUGCACAACAAGAGGGAGACUGGAAGUGUAGUUCCACCAGAUACAGAUGCAAUUCUUUUAAAGGAGAAAUUUACCAGGUGUCAGAUCAAAAUGGAUGAUCCAGAGCUGGUGCUUUGUCAAGCACAUGGGCAGGCGCGGCUUGUUACUGAUUUUCUCCAUGAGAAUGUUUUAGAUUUUGUGAAUGAGGAGGCAAUUGAGGAUGCAUGGGUUGUAGGAGCAUAUUUAAGCGACACUGACUUGCUUCUCACCCCAUCCAUUGGAGGUUUAAGUAAAACCUGGGAAGCUGAGAACCUCUUACAAUCUGCCGCUGCUUCAGUUGCUGUUCGUGGAGUUUUGUUUGGGAAUACCAGUCCCCUAUCUUCUCGGUGGCAUGCAAUUCGCCGUCCUGUGCUCUGGCAGGUUGAUCAAUCUCUGAAGCACAAUAAGAGUCAAAUACUGAGUCAAAGAGUUGAUGCUCCUAUCAGUGCAAGUUUGUACAGCCAUUCUACUUUAGCAACUGAAUAUAAUCCUGCACUCAAAUGGCUUGGACAUAGAGUUGCAGCAGAUGCUGAAGUCCUAAAUGAAGUUAACUUUGCUGAAGAUUACUGCUGCGAUAUGAGCUUAGAUGAUGAGGUUGACGAUGAUGAAAUAGAAGAGUGGUAGCGUUCGAUGCUUUACCGCCGCCAGCUUUCUGUUUUUGUUAAUAUGUAAAUGAUGUAUGUAUAUAUCAGGUCUACUUUAGGAAAUUUCUUCAUCGUUUUUUGACGAAAUAUUACUUACGACAUUCGUAGUGAGGAAUUGUUAACUGCUCCAUGAUAUCUGCAUUGUUUGGUCAUUUAAUCUUAUGGCGUUUAAUAGGACAAGAGGUGUAUUGUUACU